CACAGAUUCACCCUGUACUGCACUCACUCUCUCUGUCUACACUCUAGAGCACUGCUUGCUUAUCGAUAGUCGAUUUUCAGGUACAUAUAUUCGUAUCACGAUCCACUUCGAAGCGAUUACCAUCAAAUAUUGUGUGAUUCCAGCAACAAUUUCUUCUUCACUGGUGAAUGGGCUAUGUAUAUCUUCACAAAUCACGUUUGAAGAGGAUUAAGAGUUGAGGAAAAGAUAUGGCAGAUUUGGAUCAGUUAUUAGCUAAAAAAGUAGCUGAUCGAUACCUGAAACGUGAAGUACUUGGAGAAGGUACAUAUGGAGUUGUUUACAAAGCCAUUGAUACCAAGACAGGACAAACGGUUGCUAUAAAGAAAAUCCGGCUUGGAAAGCAGAAGGAAGGGGUGAAUUUUACCGCUCUUAGAGAAAUAAAGUUAUUAAAAGAGCUUAAGGAUCCAAAUAUAAUAGAGCUGAUUGAUGCAUUUCCUCAUAAAGGAAACUUGCAUCUUGUUUUUGAGUUUAUGGAGACUGAUCUUGAAGCUGUUAUUCGAGAUAGAAACAUCGUUCUCUCACCCACUGAUAUAAAGUCCUACCUUCAAAUGACAUUAAAAGGACUUGCCUUUUGCCAUAAGAAAUGGGUUUUGCACAGGGAUAUGAAACCAAAUAAUCUUUUGAUAGGACCUCGUGGACAACUAAAACUUGCAGAUUUUGGUCUGGCACGCAUAUUUGGUAGUCCAGAUAGGAGGUUCACUCACCAGGUCUUUGCUCGAUGGUAUAGAGCACCUGAACUGUUAUUUGGAGCAAAACAGUAUGGUCCUGGGGUUGAUGUAUGGGCAGCAGCUUGCAUAUUUGCUGAGCUCCUUCUACGCCGCCCUUUUCUGCAGGGUAGCAGUGACAUCGAUCAAUUGGGCAAAAUUUUUGCUGCAUUUGGGACUCCAAAAGCUUCCCAAUGGCCAGAUAUGAUUUAUCUUCCUGAUUACGUUGAGUACCAAUUUGUUCCUGGGCAGCCUCUUAAAACGUUGUUUCCAAUGGCCAGUGAUGAUGCGUUAGAUCUGUUAUCCAAGAUGUUUGCAUACGAUCCAAAGGCUAGAAUUUCAGCACAACAAGCUUUAGAGCAUAGGUACUUUUCUUCUGGACCUCCACCUACUGAACCAGCUUUGCUUCCAAGACCACCACCAAAAAAGGAGUCUAUCGAGUCAAAGCCCUCGGAUUUUGGUCCAACUGUGCUAUCACCUACACGAAAGUCAAGACGAGUGAUGCCCCACCCUGAAGGGUAUGAUGGUAAUUUACUACAACAAGCGAAAUUUGAUGACCAUGGCAUUGGCAAUGAAAGAAGUGGACCCGCACCAAUGUCUCUAGAUUUUUCAGUUUUUGACGCAAGGCCUCCAGCUAGACCAACAAUUAACAGUGCUGACAGAACCCAUUUAAAGAGAAAACUUGACCUUGAAUUUCAUAUCCCCGAAGAAGAUGAGGAUUGAUGAGAUCUCCAAAUGGGAGAUAAUCCGGUUUUGGGUUUUACAACUUAUAAUCAUGAGUGUAAGUUAUCGUUAACUUAUAUUUUUUUUAUCAUUAGUUCAAGCACACGGUUUGUGUUGACGAGUAACUAAUUGUUGCAAGAUGUAUACUAAUUAACCUUUAUAUAUAAAGGUCAUAAUCACAUAUGUAUCAAGGGCAAUUUUGAAUGCUGUCAUAUUGGAGUGAGUGGGGGAUUAUGUUA